GCUAUGGCGUCCCCAGUGGCUCCUUGGGCUCCCGGCUUGUGGCGGGCCUGCAACACGCUCAUGGCAGCUUUCUUCGCCCUGGCCGCUGUGGUGCAGGUGAACGAUCCAGAUGCAGAGUUGUGGGUGGUGGUGUACAUGAUCCCAGCAGUACUUACCCUGCUUGUUGGGUUUAAUCCCCUUGUCACAGGCAACUUCAUCUGGAAGAGUGUGUCUGCCAUACACAUGCUGUUUUGCGCGCUGUGGGCUGGUGGCUUGGCAUACCACUUCUUGCUCCAUGCAAAGCAGAGCAUCCUAAAUGAGGAAGAAGGCAGGGAGCUGUCUGGCCUGGUGAUUGUCACAGCAUGGAUGGCACUGUGCCACAGCUCAUCCAAGAAUCCAGGUGGUGGAAGAAUGCACUUGGCUAUUGCUGUUGUAAUCACCCUAUUCCCACUCCUGUCGUGGGUCUACGUAUACAUGAACAAGGAGAUGCGGGCCUCCUGGCCAACUCACUGCAAGACAGUCAUUUAAAUGAACCCAAUACUGUUUAAAUUAAUAGUUUAAACAUCUUAUACACAUUGGGAUAAUGGGACAGUUUCCCGGUUUAUUUCAAGAAAUGAGUGGACAGUAGAGAUGAUUUAAAGUCUUGAGAAUGUACUAAGGCCACCCACAAUGUGAUGGAAGAUUGACUAGGAUGGAUAAGAACUAAAGUAGGCUGUCAGAUCUCUUCAGCUACCACAACCAAACUAAUGUGAAGGCACUUUGAGAAGAUGAAGCUCCAGAGUUCCAAAGGGAGUAGAGUGAGAGGGGGCCGAGGCUGGGUAGCAUGCUGACAUGGAGGGAGGUUCAAGAAGACCACAGUCCCAAACUAAUCUCAAUAUACUUAACUGGUUCAGCUGCACUGAACCCAGAAAAUUCCAGGACAGAUGAAAGUAGAAAAAAAUAGAAAUUAAAGAAAAUAUAGAAAAGAUAACUUUGGAAUUAAGCGAGAAUAGGAAGGAUUAAUCAUACUGUAUUCUCAGUGAAAACUAAGAUGAAAAUCUAUACAUCCUUUCAAUGAAUGUUGAAGUGACCACAGGGGAGAGCUCUGUAGGCUGACACAGUCCAACAGGGCAGACACAGGUUGUUACUGAGCACUUGACUUGUGGGCAGAGUGACCAAAGAAGUAAAUUUUUAACUUUUCUACCUUUAGAAGCAGGGAGUCAACUGCCAAGAAAAGUUAAGUGUGCAUGGGAUAGUGUGUGUGUGUGUGUGUGUGUGUGUGCAUGUGCGUGUAUGUGUUUAUGUAUGAAUUUUCAACUGCAAAUUUUGGUAUGGACUGUUGGGGUUGGUCUGGUUCUGCUGGGUAUUCAGAUGCCAAAUACUAGCUCCCGGGAUCUGGUUGCAUGUCUCUUUUUGUGUACACCAUAUGAUGUUAUAAAACUUUGCUUGCCAAUCUUUUGUGACUGGUUAAAUAAAAGUGGCUGACAGCCAAUUACUGGGGAGAAUAGAGGUAGGCAGGGCUUGUCAUAGUGCUGAGAAGAGAGACCAGGUCACUAUUUGAUGUGAUGGACCAGGAGCCUAAGACUAUUGGCAAGUAACUUGGGGAGCACAGCUGGGAAAUAGCCAGUCUAGCGUUGAAAAAUAGUUUAGGGGUAAUCACCCAGUAAUUAUGCUGAAGCUGAUUAAAUAAAUAGUUUGGCCUCUAUCUUGAUUAUUAGACGGUUGACAGGGUCACAAUAAGAAUAGUUAUUAAAUAUCUUACAACAGUCAACAGGUGAAGUAUUUGCAAGAGUUUAGUGUUCAGAUGGAUGUGCUCCAGUGCAAAACACAAUAGACCUUAGAGACACAAUCAUAGAAUAUAUUUUAUACUGUAUGCUGAAAAAAAAUUUGAGAUAAAUUGGGCUAGAUUAAAUAUAUUGAAUUUACUUUUGAA